AUGAGGGCAUUAGAUUCCACUUUGAUUGAUUAUCUUCGAGUCGUUGGUGAUCGGCCACCUUCUAAAAGAGAAGUGGACCAUGGGUCCGCUACGGCCCCGUUGUGUGAUUUAUCCCAUAAAGCAUCAGCCGCGGUGUCUCAUGCCACGGGCCACGGACGUGAUAUCUCUGAGCUAUGUAUCAACGGCACGAGACUCUACCAGGACAUCCUCAAAACUUCGCGAUGGGGUCAGAUUGGUCACACCACUGGCAUGGCAAGACUUUCACUCUCUGACGAGGAUAAGCUGGUAAGAGACUGGUUCUGCCAGAGUGCGCUGGAUCUAGGCUGUCAGGUAAAUAUCGAUGCCGUGGGGAAUAUCUUCGCCAUAUUGCCGGGCAAAAACAUGAAUAUUGCUCCAAUUGCAAUGGGAAGUCAUCUUGACACACAGCCAGCAGGGGGACGUUUCGAUGGCAUUUUGGGCGUGAUUGCAGGACUAGAAGUCUUGCGCACUAUCCAAGAAUCCGGAUUCCAAACAUAUGCCCCUUUAGCAGCAGUGAAUUGGACCAACGAGGAAGGCGCUCGAUUCACCUCAGGGUGCACAGGCUCGGCCGUAUGGUCCGGUCACUCGAGUACAACGGCCGCUCUACAGAUGCUCACGCGGGAUGAAAGUCCCUACCCGACUACGAUGAAACAAGAACUGCAACGAAUCGGCUAUCUAGGCCCUCUUGCAUCGGAUUUUCGGAGCAACCCCCUCAGCGGUCACUUCGAGCUGCAUAUCGAGCAGAACACACGCCUAGAGCGCCAGGGAAAACGUAUCGGAAUAGUUGAAGGAGUCCAAGGAAUAAAAUGGUAUAAGGUGACUUGCAAAGGUGAGAGAGCCCAUGCCGGAUCCACGCCGAUGAAAGCCCGAGCGGAUGCAUUGGUGGCGUCAGCAAAGAUCAUCGCAAGUCUAGAGGCAUCGGCUCGGCUACAUGGUGCUUUUGCAACAGUUGGGGUACUUACCCUAGAGCGAAGCUCUUCUAACACAGUUCCUGGCCAUGCUCAAUUUACCAUUGAUCUACGGCACCCGUCGGCGAAGACUCUGGGUCAAAUGGAGGCAGAAAUCAAGUCGAACAUGGACGUGGCAAUGAAAGAGAACCCUAAGAUCACCUUUGAGCUAGAUGAAGUAUGGCACAGCCCCGCUGUCCGCUUUGAUACUGCUGCAGUCGCAUGUGUUGCAGCGGCGGCCGAGGCUCGGGCCGCCCCCAGUGGCGUGAUGCGGAUGGACUCGUUUGCUGGCCAUGAUAGCGCUUUGUCGGCCACGAAAGUACCAACCGCCAUGAUCUUUGUGCCUAGCCAGGGUGGAAUCAGCCAUGCGCCAGAAGAGUACACUAGCAAGGAACAAUGUGAGGAUGGUGCGCAAGCCUUGCUGCACUCGAUCUUGGCAUAUGACGCUCUACUACGAAGGAAGAUAUCUUCCAUGUAG